AUGCAUUUUUCUAAGAGUGUUAUUGCCGUCACGGCCUCCAUCGUGUCCGUUGGUCUCGCAGCCGACCCUCUAUCCUUCACUUCCUGGCCCAAGGAGCCCCUCAAAGCUGGCAAGCCGGUUACCCUUACAUGGACUGGCGCCGAUCCUGAUCAGCCUGUGACCAUCCUCCUCCGCCAAGGUUCCUCCGGUGACCUGCAAGCUGUCAAGCCCAUCACCACCUCGAGCAAGGGCGGCUCCUUCACCUGGACGCCUGACAGCGAUGUCAAGGACGGCGAUACCUAUGCCUUCCAGAUCUCGCAGAAAGACCAGACUAACUAUACCGCUCUGCUGAAGUCAGCUGGCAAGCCCGCGGCUGAUGACCCUGACGCAAAGGAUACCACGUCCGAGACUGGCACUGCUGCUUCUACUGCUACAGCCACCGGUACCACCACCGGUACCAACACCAGUACCAACACCGGUACCAACACCGGUACCACUACUGGAGCCACCACUGGAGCCACCACUGGCACUACCGACACUACUUCCGCUCCUAGCACCUCGACCACUGGGGGUACUACCGAGGCAACCCAUACCACAAUGACCAGCACUACCAGCAAGGCGCUGAUUAGCUCCUCUGCCAGCGCAUCUGGUAGCCCUUCUAGCUCAGCCGUCGCCAGCUCAACCGAUAGCUUGAGGGCUACCCGCACCGAGGUUGUCAAUGGCAAAGAAGCAUCCUCCACCGGAACCUCGCAAACUGGUGCUGCUUCUAUCCCGCAAUACUCCGUACAAUUGGUAAUUGGUAUUGUUGGUCUCCUCGCCUACCUUGUCUAG